GAGGUGAAACGAGUCUGGGUGCGAAAGACAUUCGAGCGAACUGAAAGCGACUUCGAAAAUUCCCAGCUUGGCAAAAGACUGCUCGCCUCUCAACCCACCAACCGCAAUGCAAAUGGAGUCCGAGACCGCAGCAACCCACGAGGAGAUCUGGGACGAUUCGGCGCUGAUCGAAUCCUGGAACCAGGCCCUGGAUGAGUACAAGAAGUACCACAGCAUUCACGCCAAAGGCGGCACCGUCGACGAUAUCCCUAAUGGCGCCGGCGAUAUGACUCGGUCAAAUGCCAAGCCUGAAACACACAGACCUGGCCAACCUAUCGCACAGCAGGGCCUCGAGAGCGGCGCCGGCGAGGAGGAAGGCGAGGUAGAUGAGACGGAACCAGCGGGUGAGAGCGACGAAACACCGCACCCGACAAUCUCGGAUGCCCAGACCUCCGUGCCCGCGAUGAAGGUCGAUGGCAUGCAGGGCGGUGGAGCACCUGCUUUGGGGCCACAGAUGGUCCUGGGGACCGUCCAAGACGAAGAUCUCAAGAAGCUUCUGAUGUCGUGGUACUACGCAGGGUACUACACGGGAUUGUUCGAGGGCAAGCAGCAAGGAUUGCAACAGGCAGAAGAAGCUCGGCGAGGUCGCUGACGGCUCUGAAAAUCACCUGUAUUUUUUAUCCAAUUUGUUUACGGAGUACUCGCGAUAAAAACCAAGGCGGCGUG